UAUCGUUAUCAAAGAAGUCAAAGAGACAAGGACCCCCUCCUUCUUCUCCUACACUUCUUUCAGCAGUUCUAUGUCGUCCGGCUCAGAGUGACCCUUAACCCCCGUCAUCCCCGUCACCCCCGUCCCAAAGUCACCGCACCCGCCCCGAGAGUCACGCCCGAGGGGUCCCGCCUAUUUGGGCCUUCCUUCUCAUGCCUACGCGUUUUCAGCUUCUACAACAUCCUUUUCCUUCUGUCUCGUCAUAACAACUUCCGCCUGGACAACUACCAAAAAGAGAGAGGGAACGAGAGAAAGCACAGCGUCAAGAUGCCGGCCAAGACUAACGGUAUAGGCAUUCAGGUGGAGGAUACCAAGAUAUGCGUCGUCAUGGUUGGUCUGCCCGCUCGGGGCAAGAGCUUCAUCGCUCAGAAAGCGCAACGCUAUCUGGGUUGGCUCUCCAUCAAGGCAAAGACCUUCAACGUCGGCAGCUACCGCCGCCAGGAGGAUGCGCACCCUUCGGCUGACUUCUUUGACUUCUACAAUACCGAGGGCGAGCGCAGACGUCGCGCCGCGGCCGAGAAGGCCAUCGAGGAUAUGCUGGCCUGGUUCCGCCAGGGUGGUGUAAUUGGCAUCCUUGAUGCCACCAACUCCACCAAGGAGCGCCGCAAGUGGGUUCUCGACAUCUGCACCAAGGAGGGCAUCGAGGUCCUCUUCGUCGAGAGCAAGUGCGACAACGAGAACCUCAUCAUGGCCAACAUCCGCGAUGUCAAGACUACCUCGCCCGACUACCAGGGACAGGACCCCGAGGAGGCUGCGCUUGACUUCCGCAACCGCAUUCGCAACUACGAGAAGGUCUACAAGACGCUUGACGAGGAUGGUGAUGAGAACGAGUACACCUACCUCAAGAUCAUGGAUGUCGGCAAGCAGGUUAUCAUCAACCGCAUUCAGGACUACCUUCAGAGUCGCGUAGUCUACUACCUCAUGAACUUGCACAUUCGCCCUCGCUCCAUCUGGCUCUCUAGACACGGAGAGUCCAUGUACAACUUGGAUGGCCGCAUUGGCGGCGACACUACGCUCUCUCCCCGUGGUGAGCAGUAUGCGCGCAAGCUUCCUGAGCUCGUCCGCGAUUCAGUUGGUGACGACCGUCCCUUGACCGUCUGGACCUCGACUCUCAAGCGCACCAUCGCUACCGCUCGCUUCCUCCCCCCUAACUACAACCAGUUGCAGUGGAAGGCUCUCGACGAGCUCGACUCCGGCGUCUGCGACGGCCUCACCUACCAGGAAAUCAAGGACCGUUUCCCGGAGGAUUUCGCCGCCCGUGACGAGGACAAGUACAACUACCGCUACCGCGGCGGUGAGUCGUACCGCGACGUCGUCAUCCGCCUCGAGCCCAUCAUCAUGGAGCUCGAGCGCAGCGAGGACAUUCUCAUCGUCACCCACCAGGCCGUGCUGCGCUGCAUCUACGCCUACUUCAUGAACAAGAGCCAGGCCGACAGCCCCUGGAUGAACGUGCCCCUGCACACCCUCAUCAAGCUCACCCCGCGCGCCUACGGAACCGAGGAGGUGCGCUACGAGGCUAACAUCCCCGCGGUCAGCACCUGGCGCGGCAAGGGUUCCACGGCCAAGCACGAGAACCCGAUUGCGGAGUGUACGUGA